CAUGAGUAAAUAUUGCUGAGACUAAAUCUUCCUUUUCUUAUAUAUUUAUUGCCUUAAUGGACAAGCAUCCCUCUCUAAUGCAUAGACCUAGGUGUGCAAUAAGCAAGCGGUAAGUUUCCAUCUGAUUACCCGCAAUAUCUGAUGGGAACCUUGGUUCUUGCUUUCUUUGCCGCAUGCUGCGUGAUGUGGUCUAUUUUACCUUGUAAGUUGUAACUCCUUAUGCUGGCAAGAAAGCAUUUAAAUCUUGAUAUUAUUUGAUGUUCCACUUCAAGAUUAUUGUGUAGCACUUCUUUUUUAUGUUUAACAUUUAUUUCCUUGCUCAGUUUUCAUAAGAAACAGUUUUGAAGAAUGGUACAUUCAAAAUAAGCAGACCACAAAUAAGUCCAUGGCUAUUACAGACGUCGUGCUAUACCCUACACAAUAAGCUCAAUCUUUCAAACCAUUCAAACAUGAUACGAACUCGUGUGGACCGUUAAGCUUAAGCUGGCCCUCAUGCACAAGCAGAACGAGCUAUUCUUUUUCUGGUCACAUGAGGUUCAUGUGACAAAAUUGGGCUGGUUGGCAUCUUUAACAAACAUCCUGAAACACAUGCACGUAUUAUAUCAUAUGAAAUUCUCUGGCUAACUGGCUUGUUAAGAACUGAGGUCACUGAAUUGUGCAUCACUGUUGGAUGUAUCCCCUACACUUCUCCAGGCGUAGUACUCACUAGAAAUGUUUGUUACUUGCCCAAAAUGCAAAGGAUGUGCAGUAAAGGUUCUUCCUGUGUACAUAUAUAUCAUUGUAUCAGAUAGAACAAGUACUGCACAAGAGCAGUUCUAGUACUACUAGGAUCGGUUGUACAUUAUUUGUCUUUAGACAAUCGUUUUUAUUUCUUUGGUUCCGAUAAGAUUACUAUGUUAGCAACUAGUUGGACCUGUUGAGUCAUAGCAGUUUUGAUUUACUAUUAUCAACCAGUUUAUCGAUCUGUUGAGAAAAACUUUGGCAAAACCCUUUUUACCACUAUUUGGAAAAUCGGAAUAAAGGAAUAUGUGUAUCUGAUGAUGGUUCUGGAUCUACAUAGGGCCCAGCUGAGUUUUCGACAUGUCUGGACGUGAGGUCCGUGAGUACACCAAUCUCACUGAUCCUAAAGAUAGGAAGUUGGGGAAGGGAAAGAUCGACGAUGAAGACGUCACCUUCCAGCGCAUGGUUGCAAAGAAAUUUUGGCUCUCUACUGGGCGGUUGAUGCCAACAGAUGCAGGAUGUUGCUGGUGAGAGGGGAGGGUACCUUCAUGGACGAGGAGCAUUGGACAGUGAUGAUUUGCUUUACCUUAAAGAGCAAAUGGAGGCUGAGGAAGAUGCAGAGCGUCUUCUUCGCCGUACAGAGAAGCGGGCAUUCGCUGCUUUUAAGAAAGCAGCAGUUUUAGCUGAUUCUACACCUGCUAUACCCGCGGCUCUUUGUGUCGAUGCUAGACCAAAAAGUGAUAUAAGGCAACGUGAUCUCUUGAAGAAUAUUGUUGGGAUCAAACCAAAGCGACCCAAAGUUGGCAGCCCAUUGCAAGCAGCAGAGAGCGAUAUGCCUAAGCAGAACCAAGAAGUUUCUGCCAGCAAAAUCCCCUCAUGUCAGAAUCAACCACUUGGUGAACGUGAGAAAGAAUCAUCGCAUGGGCCAGUCAGUUGUGUGCAGCCUGUGUCGAAACCAGCUGAAGCAACAGAGGCUAGGACACAGAAUGUAUCUGGAAGCUUACUUGGUCUGGCGUAUGAUAGCUCAGACGAAGAAUAAGCAGUGGUGUAGGGGACAUCAUUGUAGACUCUGUUGUGUUAGUUUUUCUUUUGUGGCACCGUUGCUAGAUUAUGUUCUUGUGUCAGGACAAUGAAGAACCUUUUCUGGCUACUCCAAUAUAUUCAUCUCUAAUUCGCCAAA